AUGACCAUGUUGGAAGAAGAUCCAAAGACACUACACAAUCCAAAAGACCUAUUGGGUGAGGGAGAAAGACAAAACCCCACUAGGAGCUCCGAGAACGCCCGAGACAAGACAUGGAAGGAAGACAACAGAAACUCUAAAGAAGACAGACGAGCACUGGUGGAGUACAAGAAGGCUCCUUCUCGAAGAAGAAGAAGCAGGAGUAGGAGUCGUACUCCAGGACGAAAAAGAGCUUCUCCGCAAAAACAAAGAAGCAGGAGUCGAAGCCAAAGACCAAAGUGGCGAAGGGCUUCUUCACGAAGAAGGAGAAGCAGGAGCCGGAGUCCUACCCCCGAGGAAGGAGGGACCAGGAAGCACCAUAAGGAUGAGUACGAGAGACCUGAUUCUGAUUGGGAAAAGAAUGGGGCUCACAAGACGAAGGGACGUGAGGACAGAACCAUGACUGCACGAGAAGUAGCACGGAAGGCCCUCGGCAAUAUAGAAACCUCCCCCUUUACGAGAAAGCUGCAAGAAGCAAGGCUGCCAAGCAGGGUGAAGCAUGGCACGUUCGUCCUUUACAAGACAAAUACAGACCUCGUGGCUCAUGUGCAACACUAUCAACAAGCGAUGUUCAUGCACUAUGGGGACGAUGCCAUUAUGUGCAAGAUGUUCCCAUCUAAUAUGGGGAAGGUGGCAUUGUCUUAG